GCGCGAUGGCCGUCUCCCAAGCGUGACGUAGGCGGGGGCACAUAAGAGUAAACAUUUGCCCCUCCAAACGCUCCAUGAAGCCGUGGAGGUGGACAUCAACUGCCGAAGCUCCGUGUUAACAGUCAUUUCUGGACAGUAGCCAUAGCCCAUAUCAUUCACUGACGCUGACAUCGCACAUCCGGCAUACCACUCACUCCACGAUGGCAUUUGAGACAACCGCAACCAUCGCCAGCUUCGGCGGCAAGCUGCUCAAGCUCGCUCACAAUGCCAAGUCCACCUCGUGUCAGAUGAAGUUGAACCUCUACCUCCCGCCCUCAGCGUCAGCCUCAAAGCCAGCACCCGUUCUCUUUUACCUCGCUGGCCUAACCUGCACCGGCGACAACGGUGCAGAGAAAGGCUUCUUCCAGCACAAGGCCAGCCAACACGGCAUCGCAAUCGUCUACCCGGACACCUCCCCUCGAGGCCUGGGAAUCCAGGGCGAAGACGAGUCGUACGACUUCGGCAGCGGCGCCGGCUUCUACGUCGACGCGACCAAGGACCCGUGGAAGCAUGGCUACCGAAUGUACACCUACAUCACCGAAGAGCUACCGCACGCCCUCUUCGAGCACUUCAAGGAGCUGGACGGCAAGCGCGUGAGCAUCACGGGGCACAGCAUGGGCGGCCACGGCGCCCUGACGCUGUUCCUCAAGAACCCCGGCAAGUACAAGUCCGUCUCCGCCUUCGCGCCCAUUACGAACCCGACAAAAUGUCCGUGGGGAGAGAAGGCGUUCAUGGGCUACUUCGGCGAGGAUCAGAAGCAGAAGUGGGCGGAACACGAUGCGACGGAGCUCUUGCCCAAAUUCAAGGGCGACACGGAUAUCUUGAUCGAUGUUGGAACGGGCGACAACUUCUACAAGCAAGGCCAGCUGCUGCCCGAGAACUUUGAGAAGGCGGCGAAGGACUCGGGCAAGAAAGUGAAUGUGCGGUACCAGGACGGCUACGAUCACAGCUACUACUUCAUUUCGACGUUUGCAGGCGACCAUGUGGAUCAUGCGGCGAAGUAUUUGUUGGCACAGAAGCGGUAGGGACGCAGCGACCGUGCGGCAAAAGCUAUAGACUUUCUACCUUCAGUACACAAGCUUAAGCAAUACGUGCAUCAUGCGUAGCGCUUCGAGGUGUAUAGCUCCUCUCCCGACUCAGACCUCGAGCCCAUACCGUCUGCCCACCAUCUUAACAUUCCUACUCUCACCUAGGGAAUCCUUGGUCAACCCGCUAUAUGCAGGGUACAUCGAUUUGGUAGUUCCGCCGCAGUGGGAUUGCACAUGGAAGCAGCUGGGCAUUCACUAGAUAAUUGCUCAUUGCAGUACGGCCAUGGCAAGAAAAGCACCAGGAGCGUUUGAUAUGGUUUUCAUCACCGCUGAGCUACGGUACUCACAAGCUGUAAUCCUCGCAUGAGCCACACUUGACGCUCUAAGCACAAUACUCAUAUCGCCAC